ACAACAACAAUCCAAUCAGUUCCUAUCCAAUCCAUCCCCUCAUCAUCAAUCCAACCACCCCCACAAUGAAAUUCAUCACCAUUGCCACCCUCUUCGCCGCCACCGCCAUGGCCGGCAUCGUCCCGGGGGACUUCACCUGGGCGAAGCAAACCGGCCUAACGAACCUCAACAAGGCUGACGCGCAGAACACCUGCGGCGAUAACACCGUUCUGUGCUGCACGGGUUUCACCCCGAGCACUGGAGGCAUCAGCGAUAGCGAUACCCUUCUGAGCAAGAUGGGCGAGCAUGGGCCGAGUAAGGUGGAAGGUGGGAAGAGUUGUAGUCCUUGCGGCCCGAACAACAAGGGUCAGAGCGUGGCUUGCUGCACUGGAGGAAGCGGCAACCUGGUCAAUCUUCCUUGCAUCGCCAUCGGCAGCAUUCUGUGAACCGUCUUCAUCCCCGGGGACUCAUGUCAAACCCCUCCGGAGUAACUGGAUAUACAAUCAAUGUACAGUCAGAUGUUGUUGUGGAAAGGGACAUGUUCUAGUCAGUUCACGCGAUUGAUUUGUGGGCUUAUGCCUCUCGCUUUGCUCUUGUUCGUUUACAUUCUUUGUGCUGGCCAUUCGCUGCUGGGUGAAUGUGCUGAGGCUUAACAUAAUUGAAUAUUAUAUAUACAUGGUGAAGGGAUUGGGUGUGUUGAAGUGAUAGAUGUGUCGUCUGUGGUAGCGUUGUUUGGCUCUGUGGGACGGUUAUGUGUCCAUAGUGGCCAUCGGGCGUGUAGAAGGUAUUCGCUGAUCUCCCAGCAGUGGGUAUUUAUUGAUUAAAAGGGGUGGAAUAAACCAACAUAUUGAC